AUAUAUGUGACUAAGUAAACACUUCUGCUUAAGUGAACUUAAUUUUUAUUUAUCAGUGAUAUUUGAAAUAAAUUAUUAAAAAAAAUACAUAAUAAAUUUUAAAAUUUAUAUCAUAUAUAACGAAACAACUUGAAAAAUAUUAGAAUCAAGCAUUAAUUAAUAUGGUCAAUAUUUUAAAACCUGAAUGUUCUUUUACAUCAUGGUAUCCUUUAUUUUGUAAAGAUUCUUUAAAAGCAACAAUUAUUUACAUUCCUGAUGAAGUUCUUAAAUAUUUGGAACAUGAUGCAUUUAUUUUACCUCUUGAAGCAACAAAUUCAAUUCAUUUACAAAAUACAGAAUGGAUGGAUGGUUCUCCAGUAAUAAAUGAUGAGCAUUUAUUUGAGGUUCAACCAACAUUUCCACAAUUUAGUCAACAAAUUCAGAAUGUCAUAGAUGAAUAUGGUGCAGUUUUUAUAAAAAGUAAUUGGAGUUCACCUUUGGAUGCAACAUGGGUUGCACCAACUAAAACAUUAAAAUGCAAAACAUUGGAAGAAAUAUAUUUAUUAUUAAAAAGUUCAGAUAGGAUUGCUAAAGAUUUGAAUAAUGCAAAAAGUUAUUUGGAUUAUGAAACUCCUAUAAAAUCUUGCCUUAUAUUAAAGAAAUGGAGAGAUAUUAAUCCCUGUACAGAAUUUCGAUGUUUUGUAAUACAAAAUGAACUUAUAGCAAUUAGUCAACGAGAUAUAUCACAAUAUCAUAGUUAUAAUGAAUCAGAAAAAUAUAAUAUUCAAACAGACAUCAAAAGCUUAUUUAUGGAACGUAUUAAAGAUAGAUUUCCAUUGAAUAAUUAUUCAUUUGAUGUUAUACGAUAUAAAAAAGAAAAAGUAAAAAUAGUUGAUUUUGGUCCUUUGGAUGAAUCUGUUGUCAAAGGAACACUUUUUACAUACGAAGAACUACAGAAUCUCGAUGAAAAUACUCCAGAAUUUAGAUUUAUUGGCGAAGAAAUUGGUAUUCAACCAAAAACUCCAAAUCAUUUUUGUAUUCCACAAGAAAUAAAUGAAUUUUUUCAAUCUAAUGAAAAUACAAUGCUAUUAGAUAUUAUUCAACAAGAGGUGGAAAAUCAACGAAAAGAAUUCGAAAAUGUUAAUUCUAAUAGUUUGGAACAUGAUUAAUGUACAUUUGAAAAACAAAAAAAUAAAUAAGUGAAUAAUUGUACACUUAAAAAACAUUUUUAAAUACAGAA